UUUGGCAGCACUUUGGUUGUAUUUAUUCUUGCGAACAUUUACUAGUUAUGCUGUUGUUUCUUUACUAAUUUUAUAUUUGAUUGUAGUAUUUUAGCAUCGUAUAUAUGCAGCCGUGUUUUCAUAAUUGGCGUCGCAAAGAAAGCACUACUUUAUAUCUUCAUAUAUACCGCUGACCUUGUCUGUUAACGAUAGCUAACGUUAGCUCAUUGCUAAUCUAGCUUUAUAAUUAAUCUCGGAGAGUUCACUCAAUGCUGGUGUUUUUUCUUUACUGCCCGCGUUUGUGUUGCGUGUUUGCAUGAUGGGAGAAGAAGCCUUCACCGACAUUAGUGGCAAAGCGAUAUCUCUGAACUGUCAGAGUCACUCCAGCUUUUGCAGUGAAUUCACUGUCAGCUCCUCCAAAGUGUCCAUUGGCAAAGUGUUGGUGUAUACCUGCUCUGUCUGGCUUUUAGCAUACGCAGUGUUCUUCUUCACAGAGAACACUGCUGUUCUGUCCAGCGCUAUACUCAUCACCUUGGUUGGUAUGAUGCUUCACAUCCACUUUGUGAAGGUGGACCACGAGUCCCUGCUGGUCAUUGGCUCCUUAGGCAUUCAGAUGUCCUCCAGCUAUGCCUCAGGCCGUGAGACGACCAGUUUCAUUGAGAUGAGCAAGAUCAAGGACAUUGUCAUCAAUGAAGCUAUUUACAUGCAUCAGAUCAUCUACUACCUUUGUGUACUAUUGAAGGACUCUUCCGACCCAAAUGCAGUGUCAAGUGUAGUGCCAUUGUUUCAGAGUUCAAAGCCAAGAAUGAACUGCUUGGUUAAGGUUUACAAAAGCUGUCAGGAGAUUCUUUCAAAGUGCUGAUGACUCACUAAGCCAAGUCAUACACUGUGCUAUGUUUCUGGUCAUGCAACAUGCUUUCAAUAUUUCCUUGCAAAAGGGGUGGGGGGGUGGUUAUUUUUGGUUCAUCCUUAAUUUGAUUAUAUACACUGUGUAUUAUUCUAGGUCAUUUUUUAUUUGUUCUUUCCUUUUCUCACCUCUAUGUUUACAUACACACACACAAACUGUGAAUGUAAUCUGUUAGAUCCAAAAGAAAGUGCUACCACAUUAUAGAAAGAAAAAUCGUAGUUUUAUAAUGACCUUUUGAAGUACUUUGUUGUAUAGUUACUUGAAUAAUUUAUUAUAUAUAGCUAUAGUCUGUAUUGAAAGAAAGAUUAAAGAAUUUUGCUUUCUACCUUGUAUAUGAAUUACAAUUUUAAGUGACUUGUGCCAAUUUCUGUAUUCUGUCUUUAUCUGUAUUGUGUAUCCACACUGUAUUUUUGUAUGAAAAAACAAAUUUCUACAAAACAUUAAAACAAUCUUGAUU